AUGAAGAUGAACAAAUUGUUGGUGAGAAAAGAUACAGUCUUCAAGAUAGCUUCGUCUGCUUUGUACAACGCACGAGCGGCCACGGUUCUCAAGAAAGCGUUCGAGCUCUCGGAGCUAUGCGGUGUGGAUGUGUGCAUCAUCUGGUACGACCGCGAAGGUAACCUAGUCAAGACUUGGCCUGAGAACGAGGAAGCCAAAGUUAGAGCCAUGGCAGCGCGAUACAGCAUGUUAAGCGAAGAAGAAAAGGGAAAGAAAAGAAACAACCUCUCAGGGUUUCUAUACAAGAAGAUGAUCCGCGACAAGAAAGAGUCUUUGAGGAAAAGGGAUAACAAAUUCUUCCAAGAAGUGUCAGAGCUUGAGGAUUCAUUGCAGAGUUGCUUACAGACACUCAAAGAAAGCCUUCAUCUUGAUCAACCCCAGGAUCUAUCUUCUAAUGAUUCCUCGCUAAUUAAUGUGUAUCAUCAUCAAGCAUCAUCACUAUUGAGUUAUCCGAGUAGUAGCAGCGAGAAUUGUGUUGAUGAUGUAUCCACCACCACCACGACGAUGAAUCAUCCACAAAGCAAAUUCUCCAUCUUGUUGUUUAACCAUGAGAAUGGUGCGCUCACUCAAUUAGCCAACCCUUCUGCUCUUCCAAGCUUUGAACAACAGCCGCAGAUUCAGUGUAAUCAAAAUUACGGUACUAAUUACAUGGAUUUAUUACUUGGGGAACAAGGCUGCAACAACGUCGAUCUUCUCAUGCCCACCCUUUUUCCUCCUCCGAUGAUGAUGCAGACACAAACCCCAAAUUUCCAGCAGUUUAUGCAGACACAACCAGUGUAUAAUCAGAUACCAGUUUUUGGAACGAUGCUCUCUUAG